AUGGCCUCGUUUGCAAGAACUGGACGCAAAAUUGUGGCAAUAGGAAGAAACUAUGCCAAACAUGCAAAAGAAUUGGGGAACGCAGUUCCUGAGAAGCCCUUCUUUUUCUUAAAGCCAACGAGUAGCUAUGUUUUUAAUGGUGGAAAUGUUGAGAUUCCGCAGGGAGUCUUGGUUCACCACGAGGUUGAGCUUGGUGUGAUCAUCGGGAAGACGGGAAGAGAUAUAGUGGCCGCAAAUGCCGAGGAGCAUAUAGCAGGUUACGGUGAGCUGUCUCUGGAGGGUGAUCUGUUGCUAACUGGAACUCCAGAAGGCGUAGGCGCCAUUCAGGCUGGAGACAAGAUCACCGCUGGCUUGCAGUUACCUGAUGCUAGCAAA